CAUGCCUCAGUCCCGUGUGGUUCCUACAGUCACGCCUAUUCCCUUAGGGUGUCCCACGGGAAGGGCGUAGUUACCCGGGCCUCACCUAGAAAAAAGUUCCCAUUUGCGAGUGACAAGAGGAUUCACAGCACUUAUGCCAAUUAAUCAGCCUCAUUUCGUGUAAUCCCCGCUCAAUACAUAUUUAUGUGGCCCAUUUCCUACUGUGACGAUUUCCAUAAUCAGACGAUCCUUUUGAAGAAGACUCCUAAGUACCCGAACGAACCUUUCAAACUCUCUGCAGGUGAAACAAGAAUCUGAUCCGGGUCAUGUUUAUCAAUUACCCAUGCCAUUCUAUACUAUUCAUGUUUUGUGGUGCCCGAGUCUCUCCUUACCAGUUAGCAACAAUAACCUCUUUGAAUCGGAAAUGUUGCCCCCAGCCCGUCACGGUAAUAGACUAAGGGCGCAGUAAUACAAGCCGCUGCGCCGGACCCGUACGACUAGUCGGAUUUGUGCUCUCAGAGUGAGCGGACGCGGGGAAAGAUUUGUGGGGAUCAUCACGUACAGACAAGGGAUCGACCCGGACAAGGCUGGCGAGGGGAAACGUAAUCAUAACACAGCCGCAUCUCAUCGAGACUGUGUCUGUCAGUGUUGGAGGAGGGUAAUGUCGGGUCCGGGGCGCUGGGGGAGUUUGGCCGUGCAGCUGUUCGGGGGCAUUCCGCGUGCAGGGGCGACGCGAAUGGUGCCGCUGAUUCUCCUGCUCGCGUUCUCCCAGGUCUUGGGGACGGCGGCGACGCAAGUUGACGUUGAAGAGGUGGCCAAACUUGCAGGAUACAUCAAUGUAUCGUGCAGUGACGCCCUGGUGUCGUGCACGGAGAGUGACUCGUGCUACCGAGCGUAUUACAAUUACGUCUACGCGUGCACAGGGGUCCUAACCGGAGAGGUGACCGACCAGUGUCCUGUCACUUGUCAAACCGCCCUGCAGUCCCUUCUGCAGAACGAGGAAGGACGAGUGUUGGAAUCCUGUAACUGCACUGGACCUGACGAACAACGCUGCACACAGUUAAGACAGAGGGUUGAGAUCUGCCGACCGACGCUGUACGAAGGUUCUAACGCAUCCAGGGUCGUCGGCUGCACGGAAGCCACUCAGAUUUGCAGCCAAAGUGAAGCCUGUGUACAAGCAAAGGACAACUAUUUAGUGUCUUGUUCACAGCUUUUUAACGGCUUGGAGUGUUCUCAAACGUGUAUGGACAGUAUUAACCAUUUCUACAGUCAGGAAGAAGUGGAACUGUUGCAAAAUUGUGUGUGCGACGGACCGGAAAGACCCAUUUGCGUCGCCAUCAAAAACAACAUGGAGCGGCUGUGUCGUGGGGACACUGCUGGGAGGGGAGGGAACUCCAACUCGGAGAAGCAACCGGGACCCACUAGUUCAGCUCCAGCAUCGUUACACGCCGCAACAAGGACAAGGUUUCUUUUCCUAGGCUUCCUCCUGACACUUGUUAGCCAUCGGACCACUGUAGGGUAACGCUUAAGUAAAUUUGCACAAAACUUAAGCGGCGCAAACACGAGAGGCUAUUCAACCCUUGUACUACUUGUAGAAACUAACUGAAACGUGUCACUGCCAAACUAUGUAGCGUAUGUACAGUCUGUAAGCUUUAUCAUAGAGCAUUCAAAUGUCUAUAUAUCGGAAGAGGUUUUCUGUAUAUUUUUGUCUGUUUUGGAAAGUGGUAUUUUUUGCUA